AUGCCGAAUCUGAGGACAACACCAUGGCGUGAAAUGAUGCGAUCGAUGCCGGUCUAUGCCAUCAUUGCCGGAUUUGUGGGGUCGCUGCCCCAUUUGAUUAUGACCACGAUUGUACCGUUUGGUGGUAUGCUGGCAGAUCAUUUGCGUAAAAAUGGCAUUAUGUCGACGACAAAUGUGCGAAAGCUUUUCAAUUGUGGUGGUUUCGGUAUGGAGGGUAUAUUUUUCUUGUUUGUGGCCCAUUCGGAUACGGCGACUGGUGCCAUGUUUGCCUUGACCUGUGGUGUGGCCUUUUCGGGCUUUGCCAUAUCCGGCUAUAAUGUCAAUCACUUGGAUAUUGCCCCCCGUUAUGCCAGUAUUUUGAUGGGUCUCUCAAAUGGUAUUGGCACAUUGGCGGGUAUUAUUGUACCCUAUGCUUUGGAUGGCCUAAUACAAAGGAAUCCUGAAGGUUGUUGGACCACUGUCUUUACCCUGGCCGCCUGUGUUCAUUUAGUUGGCUGUACAUUCUAUGCCAUUUUUGCCUCUGGCGAAUUACAACCCUGGGCCGAGCCACCACCUGAAGAGGAACAGAAAGUAUGGGCGCCUCCCAUGGGUGCAAUUACCGAAGAUCCUAAUCAGCCGGGUGCUGCGGGUUAUAUGAAGGAAACCUCAUUUGGUGAAGCCCCACCACCAUAUACGGAACAAAGUCAAAUGCAACAAUCGAAUACCGUUAAUUAUGGAGCGACAGGACACGUGGCCAAUAAUCCAUUUGCCAUGGCUGGUGCCACCAUUGCCGAAGAAAGCAUGCAACCUGAUGUCGCCGCCGGGGGUAUGGCAACGGGUUCAUAUGCCUCGUACGAUUACACUGUUGGCCAAAGUACAGCCACAGCUCCGGCAGCAGGGACAUUGGGACAAUUACCACAAAUGCCAUCAUAUGAACAACAAUAUCCUCAAUAUCAGACACAAUAA